UUUUUUUUUUUUUUUUUUUUCAAUUUACGUCAGCGCACGUGACUUCCCCACGUUCGAGUUAGUAACACGAAACUGUGGGAGUCGGUGACUCGUUCGACACCUAUUUGAAAAUUACGCCCGCAUCAAGCUACAUCAGCUAACAACUUGGUUUCAUUUCUUUAUCUACGCCGAUGCGCCACUUACCUCGUUCGGAGUGCGUUGCUUUAUUUCGCGCGAUUAAAACUGGUUCUCUUGUUGAUAGUAGACGGAUUUGGCUAUCGCUAUGUCGCACUCGCCAACGGGUAUUUAAACUUGCAGCCGUGAAAGUUACGUGCAUUUCUUCGUUGCCACUGCGAGGAAAAUGAAGCAUUUACCGGUGCGUUUCGUUUUGCUUGUUUCGAAUCUAUUUCUGCUCGACUACUCGGCCAUGGUAACAGGAACGAUACUCUUUAGACCCGAGCAGCUCCUCGUCGAUGACAUCUGCGGGGAGAACGAAAUUUUCAGUUACUGUUACGCGAACCCGAGUUGCGAAAAGAGUUGCGAUAACAUCGAUGUCUGGGAGUCGGUGCCUUGCAUCCGGACGAAAAAUUGCUUGAGUGGUUGCAUCUGCGAGCAGGGAUACGUGCGCGACAAGAGUCAAGGAAUUUGCAUUUUGGAGAACAUGUGCCCCAGAAUCAGGCAUUGAUCUCAGACGAAGCCCAUGGUUCGUGGCCAUUUGAUUUAGUCGAGAUAUGUCGAUUAAUAUAUUCACACAUAUUAGAAGAUAUUAGAAAAAAAAGUAUCAAAAACUAAUUGUAUAUUCCUUUCUCCUUCUGUUCGUUGCUACUUUUAACUUGUUUAUAUGAAUAACACACGUAUGAAAGAAUUGUGUUUUCGAAGAAAGUAACUUGUAUUCCAAUCCCGAGACGAUUUUUCACAGCGGCGUGAAUAAGAGAUGCGUAGACGCAUUUUGAUGGAAGCUGGUGGGGGAAUGUGGCGGCGCGCGAUAUGAUAGCAUUUUGAGAUGGUUCAGUUCCGCGCCGUCUCACGUGCGCGACACAUUUCAAUAAACGUGAAAUCGUCG